UCGAGCAUCGAUCUCUAAGCGUUCUAAAUCGCCAUUUGCCUUCAGUAAAGUUAAUGCUACGUGCGGUUUGCGUUGCCUCGUAUCCAACCAUGAGCAGAGAUAGAGAAAUCUCACUCCGAUUGCUCAACGAGUACAAAAAGCGGCCGGUUUUAUGGAGAAAGGACCACAUUGAUUAUAACGAUCGUCUUCGAAAGAAUGACGCUUGGGCCGAGUUGAGUGACAUUUUCAAUGAGAAUAUGGACGUUCUGAAGCUGAGAGUGUCUCAGCUGCGAGGCGCGUUUAGACGCGAACGGUAUCGUCUGCGCAAAAAGAUCCAAUCAGGAACGGCUCAAACGUACCACUCUACUUGGUUUGCUUGGGACACAAUGUUGUUUUUGGACACCGACCAACGAAACGACAUCGAACCCAAUCGCGAAUUGGACAGUCCGCAAGAAAUACAAGACGACGAGGAUGACAUUUUCAUUGACAACCGGAAUCAGAACGUUGAGGUUGCCACCUUUGACCACUCUGAAUUUGACAAUGACACAGCAGAACUUCCAGAAACCGAAAUGGAGUCCGAGCGACUCAGCAGUGCACCGGGAUCAGAACAGUAUGAUGAGUUCGCUCUGUUCAGCAUGUACAUUGCGGAAAAGCUGAGAAAAAUGGACCAGAGGACGCAGAUCACACUGCAACACAAAAUAAGCGGUCUAAUUUUUGACGCUGAGAUGCAAGCAGUAAACAAUACAAUCAUCCAGGUUAAAACUGAACCUCAGGAUUAAAUAAAAAAACUUAAAUUACG